AUGCGCAUGACAGCUGCUAGUACAACUAGACUUACAAAUAACGGAUUGUCUGAUAAAAUAUUAAUUAGUGAUUAUCAUUUAAGUGAACCGAUCACUGUGGAUACACAAUCAUCUAUGGACGUGGAUUCAUGUGGAACAACACAAUGGGAUACAUCGUCUGCCUCGAAUAGUCAGUCAACUUUGCAUAAUGAUCAAAUCAAUAUGAACAGAAAUGAUUUAACUGUGAAUGUAACGACCAAUACAUCGAAUAGUACUCACAGAAUGAACACAUCAUUAUCCUACAUACCACCAGGACUAGUAUCUGUAAUAAAUGAAUCGAAUUGUUUGACUGUUUGUGCUAUUGGACAUUUUUCAAUCGGUCAUACAUGGGGACCGUAUCUUAUACAUAUUGGUUCAGAACUUAGACAAAAGUUGACAGCAUUUUCAACAGAAUUGGAUCCUGACUUUUUAAUUACAUUAUCUGUAAAAAGUAAAGACGCUAAUUAUGAAAAUGUAAAUAGUUUAAUUGUCGGAGAAGAACACACCUGGAUUAGAGUUAUCCAUGAAACUGGACUUCGUUCUGAUAAAAAUGAAUACAAUCUGGAUAUUUUAGUAGAUCCCAUUUUAAAAACAAUCACGUUACAAGUCAAAUGCGAUAUUAAUCCACAAGACUCAUUGAUAGGUGUAGUACGCAUUGUAUCAGGCAAUCACAAAGUAUCUGAUCAAGUUACAAUGUCCAGUUGUCAUUCCUCUACUCUAUUUAGUAGUACAAAAUCAAUAGCAUCUUCAACUCCACCAUCAAUGUCAGCUAAUACAACGUCUACUGGACCAAGAAGAGAUAAAAAAUGUACACAUUGUGGAAUAUCCUUUUCGAAUAUGGACACUUUAAAUGCGCAUAUGACACAUUACUGUUCUAGAAGACCUGGAUUAAUUUCAUCCAAUACAACAACAACAGCAGCAACAACAACAACAAGUAUUAUUCAGCCGUCAACAUCAGUGACUAUCACGUCUUCUGAGGCUUCAACAAACAAUAAGGUCACUCCAGCUAAUAAAUUUAGUCAAAAUUCUACAAGUACUCAACGACAAAAUUCAUCACAGUCUACUGGAAGUAUCCCAGGAAACUUCAAUUCUAAUGUCAAUUCAUGCAAUCCAGUUCCUAUUUCCAGAUACUCAACCGUCGAAGAAAAUGGUUUGUCAGGAUUGAAUUCAUUAGCAGCACCACCAAUCCCUGAGGUAUCGGGAUACGAUUCAGUACAAAUGAGUAAUUUAAUUAAUCCUACCCUAUUAAACUUAUUUGGAGUAAAUAAUGGCAGUGAUAUUUCACAAAUUUUUCAAAAUCCAAUCGCCUCCUUUAUGCUUCCAAUGUUAUCUCGUCUUAUCCCGCCGCCGCCACCACCGCCCCCACCGCCUACUCCUAAUGCAACAGGGGAUGCCACCAAUCAGUCGAACAGUAAUGCCUUAUCUCCAACACUGUUAACCUCUAUGAAACGUCCAUGUUUAGCUCCAGAGAAACUGAGAAGUAAUCAUUCAUCUGAUACUUCGUCAUCAUUAUCAUCAAGUAAUUUCUGUGAAACUCGUGUUAGUCCAACUCAAACCAUUGCACAUAUUAUUAAUCAAAAUAGUAACACUGGUAGCAAUUUCAUUGACCAACAUACACCGAAGGUUCUUUUCUGUCCUAACUGUCAACAACUGUACACAUCUCAGUAUCUUUCAACAUUGCCUUCAAAAUCAAGUAAACUAGAACCAUUCAGCUUGACACCAUCAUCAUCAUCAUAUGAGCUGUCUUCAGUCAAUAAUCCCCCCUCGAUUGAAGGUGUUGAUAAUAUUUCACGUCAAAAUGAAACAAUAUGGAAUUUAUCCCAACUGUCAGAAGCUGCUCAUCGAUUUGGCCUGAUUUUAGCUGCACCGCUGGUCACUGCGAACGGUUUACAGUAUAUUCCUGUUAAUUUGUCUUCCAAGCUUACCAAUCGGCCUAAUACAGAAAAACAGCACCAUAGUAAUAAUCCUCAAUCAAUAAAUAAGAAGAGGCAGUCUACCACACCGAAUCCAUCCUGUGAAAUUACCAAUGAUUCAUUGAAUUGCGUCAAUAUUACUUCUCCCUCUUCUUCAGUAUCUUCUUCUCUGAUAAAUCCUCCCGGUAACAAACCUCGGGAUGCUCCGAUGCCUCGGUUGAAUACUCCUAAUAUUUUAGAUUUGUCUAUCAACCCGCAUAACCCACAACUACUCAAUUCCCUCGCUCUGUAUAAUGCUAUCAAUGAAUUCAGAGAUGUUCAACAACAACAACAGCAACAACACCAGGAACAACCAGAUCAAAGUUAUUUUUCACCACAGUUGGUUCCACCAGGGAAAAGAGAUAUUCCCGACACAAUGAAGGAUUCAAGUCAUAAUGCUAAUCAUCGAAACCAUCAUCAUUUGUCUAACAUGAAUUCAACAUCGAAAGUCCUUGGAAAUCCAGAAGAUAUACGUGCUAAUCGUUUGCCUAUAUCGAAUAGUAAUCAAAAGUCUAAUGAGGAUAGUACUAUUAUGCCUACAGAGAUGAGCUUACUUCAAGCCUUUUCUAAUAUUCUAUCUUAUACCAAUGAGUUAUUGUCUAAUUCACAGUCGAUACCAUUCCCAUUUAAUAUUAAUCAAUUAUUACUCAUGUUGUAUGCUUCGCUAGCAGCUAAUUCUAUGAAUAUGACUGCACAAACAACACCUAAUUUGAGUACAUUAAUUCCUACCCCUGUCUCUAUUACUGCUUCUAAUAACGCGGGGACAAAUCCAGUGAAUAUAUCUUGUCCAAUUAUCACUAGAGUUACAGAAAACUGUGAUACUAAUGUUGUAUCUGACUCUCUUCCACCAACUGUUAACAACAUCUUCAAGGGAUAUUCCCCGUUUUCAUCAAAUGUACCAUUCCCGCCGAUAUGUAUAAAUCCUUUAAUUCCUUCAAAUGAUCAGGCAGUGAAUACAGUAAACAGCAGUAAUUUACACGCUUCUUUCCCUAAUCUCCCAGCACCAGUCUCUACUGCUGCUACUACAACUACGGUGACAGGUACUAACACCACCAACAUACCAUCACAUUUAUUCCAAAGUUUAAACUCUCCUUCUGUACAUAAAAUGGAUCCCAAUUUAGUUGGAAACAUCUUCACUAAUGUUAGUAAUAAUAAUAAUGGUAAUAAUAAUAAUAAUAAUAUGAAUUCAUCAUCGUCAUUAUUAAAUAUACUCCCAGCUCUUAAACUUUUAGGAUCAAUAUUUCCACAUUUCUCUACAACAGAAUAUCAACAAGAAGCACAAGCAACACAAGCAACAUCUGAAAUGUCUGUUAAUUCAAAACAAGCGAAAUUACAGUCAAACAGAAGUAAUGCCAAUAAUAAUACUACUAAUAAUAAUGAACAAAUAACUAGCCCACCUGGAUCCCCACAGUCGUCAAUACUAAGACCAUAUUUAUGCCGAUUUUGUCGAACACGUUUCCAGGCAUUCAGUACUUUCCAAGCUCAUCAACAAUUCUACUGUCAAGGACGGAAAGAAGUAAUGAAACAACUACAGACAACAAAGUCCACUUCCACUGCAUCAGAUACAUUAGCGUCGACUAGUUCAUCGACUACGCUAAGCUGUCCUUCAAGUACUGGUCCAUCAGCGAAUAAACGUCGGUGUACUACAACAACACCUGAAAAUGCUUCCUCUAGUCAACUUCAAACACUUGGUGGUGUGUCAAUAAGCCAAAGAAACUCAGCCAAUUCAUCAUCAACUUCUAGUAGUGGUGAUGAAGGUGAUAUCUUGAAAAACAAUAACAAUAAUAAUCGAUUAUCCCCGUUGAAUGCAAAAUCCUCUCCAAAUCGUAAUCUACUGUCUAGUCAAGAAGGAAUUGCAGACUACGAGGCUGAUCAACUGACUCAAUUGGCUCAAUGGGAACCUUGUGGAACAUCGGAAUUACGUUGUUCUGCGUGUGGUUAUGUAGGCCAGACACCACGUGGUAUGAAAAUGCACAGAAAAUUACAUGAAUGUAAUGGGACUACAUUUAAGACUGCUACAAGAUCAACUAGUGAAGCGAAGACAAGAAAUGAUAUCAAGUUAGAAAGUGAUAAUUUAACUAACAGCUCUGAUGUCAGCCUGCAUCAUGGUAACGAUUCUAAUUCAUCUUCAUCGAAUGAUGGGAGAAAUUUGAAUAAUAAUAAUAACAAUAACAGUAAUGUUGUAAAUGAUAGUAAUUCUGCAUUUUCAGACGACCAUGUUAAAAAAGAACAUUUAUGA